GAUUACCCUCUGUGGAUUCGUGGGGUUGUUGAUUGUGAUGUGAAGGCCGACGAGGAAGGAUUCUACUAUAAGAUUUGGCUCUUGGAGCUGACGCGACAAAUAGUUGAGGGAAUUCAUGGAAGACAAAAGGAGACGGUAAACAAAUACUUUUGGGGGAUAUUUGAAGAUUCCAGCCGCGUUCAGCUCGCGCGGCUGGUUGACGGUUGCGGUCAAGCGUGGGGGAGAAGCUACAGUCGGCCUGGCAAAGCCUGCGCUACGUUCCUUCAUGCUCCGGAUGUCACGCUACAGGCUGACACCGAACAAAAUUUAUUCAAAUAUUAG